CAUCCUCCUGCUAUAUUCCCAUCUCAUCAGUAGUCUUUUCCUUUCAUACAGUUUUUUCAAAAUGGGAAUAGUGGAAGAAGCUCACAAUGUUAGGGUUUUGGGAACAGGUGGAAAAACGAUAGUUCUUGCUCAUGGAUUUGGAACAGAUCAAUCCGUUUGGAAACAUCUUGUUCCUCACUUAUUGAAUGAUUAUCGUGUAAUCUUGUUUGAUAACAUGGGAUCUGGUCCUACUAAUCCCGAUUACUUCGAUUUUGAUCGUUAUACUACUCUUGAAGGUUAUGCUUAUGAUCUUCUAGCUAUUUUAGAAGAACUUCAAGUUCAAUCUUGUAUCUAUGUUGGUCAUUCUGUUUCUGGUAUUAUUGGUGUUCUUGCUUCAAUCUCUCGUCCUGAUCUCUUCUCUAAACUCGUUCUCCUCGCUGCUUCUCCUAGGUACUUGAAUGAUGUGGACUACUAUGGAGGAUUUGAACAAGAUGAACUAGAUCAACUAUUUGAUGCAAUGAAAUCGAAUUACAAAGCAUGGUGUUCAGGAUUUGCGCCAUUAGCUGUAGGAGGAGAUAUGGAUUCAAUUGCAGUUCAAGAAUUCAGUAGAACUUUGUUCAAUAUGAGGCCUGAUAUAGCUCUAAGUGUAGCUCAAACUAUAUUUCAGAGUGAUUUCAGAGAUGUAUUAGGGCUUGUUAGUGUUCCCUGUCACAUAUUACAGAGUAGUAAAGACUUGGCUGUUCCUGUUGUUGUACCUGAAUAUCUACACAGGAAUAUUACUAGUGACACGAUUGUUGAAGUUAUGCCGUCGGAUGGUCAUCUUCCUCAAUUAAGUUCACCGGAUAUUGUGAUUCCGGUACUUCUUCGACAUAUCAGUCAUGAUAUUGUUGCUUGAUAUUUCACUGUUUGUGGUGUUUGGUUGUUAUGAAAACUGUCCUGUAAUAAUAACUUGAUUUGGUGUCUAUGAUGGUGUCUUGUUGUGCA